AUGAAUAAGCUGAGACAGAGUGAUCUGCUCACCGCUUUGCCCAAAAUACUCACACACUGCGUCCUCGGUAUCGUGUUUGCGCCCUCGUUAUUGACAUCACAUCGCUCUAGGAAGGAACUAGAUCACAAGGCGACUGCCGAAAGGGAAGCUAACCUUUGGUCUACAAAUUCCCCAUUUUCCGCCCUUCCCCACCUCAGUUUUCAAACCCGCACCAACGCUUCAGAUUUCCCCUCCAUCUUUCUUCCCAUCGGUUUGACCACGGAGCACUAG